UAAAACGAAACUUUACUUCAGUCGCACAUUUAGUUUGGCAGGUUUUUCGAUCUUGAGGUCGCAAUUGUACUGUGAAUAUCUAUAAAGUUUUGCGAAAAUAUCUGUAUUUAGUUUUAAAAAACAAAAUUAUAAAAUGGAUUCUGAGUAUUUGAAGAAACACCUGGGAUCAGUUUUGACAGAAGCGCUCUGCGAAGUUGUUGAAAAACGGCCCAUGGAUCCAGUGGAAUAUAUCGCACAUUUUUUGUACAAAUUCAAGGAAAAUGAAGCUGCAGAUAAAUUGUUAUCAGCAAAAGAUCGUCAACUUAAUGAUGAAUUACGAGCUGCUGAAAUGGAAGAUAUUCUUUCUGAACAACUCUCAGAAGAAGCUAAGACGAUUAGAAUGAGAGAAAUUGAGGAACAAAAGGCAAGAAGAAUUGAAGAUCGUCCACCAGAACCAACACUUAAAGACUUGACAAACAGACCAGGAGCUCCUAGUCUCACAGCAGUUUUAGAAGAUGAAGAAGAUUCUUCACCUACUGGGAGGACACCAAGAAGUAAUGAAGGAAUUUCAUCCAAGAGUCAAAUUUCUACAGAUUCUAGCACUGUUACCAGAUCUACAGAAUAUCAAGUGGGAAAUUCUGAGCGACAUGUGGAAAGCGAAUCUCAAUCUAGCUUAAGUUCACACUUAGCUGAAGAGAAUCUGGCAUCCCAGCCACAUAGAGAAGACGAAGUUAAAAGUACAUCUUAUACUAGUGUGGGAGAGAAUACUUCUUCUCAACUGCAAGAAGAGCAAACAGUGUCGAAGGUCAAAUCUGCGAGUGAAGCUUCUAUUAAUUCAUCUGAUUCAGGAUUCAAACCUGCAGUAAGCCCUUCUUCACCCGCCGAGGAUGCAGAUGAUUCUUACUCUAAAAUUUAUCCGGAUUUGCCCCAGCUUUCUUCUCCUCUUCCCGGUUCAGUUCCAUGGAGUACAGACACUCCUAAUGAGAGCCAUAAUUUGUCUUACGACUCUAAAACGGUUGAAGAUAGUGCGAACGAUGAGAAGGCUGAUAAAUUAGAUUCGAAAUCUAUCACAAAGCAAGACCCAGAACCGCCUACACCACGAUCAUCUCUUUUGCAGGAGAUUGAACAGGGAGCCAAACUGACUUCUACAACUCAGGAGAAGAAGCAAGAUUCACCCAUGACCCAAGAUUCUGAACAAUCAGAAUCAGUUGUUGGAACGUCGGGAAUUAAAGAUGAAGUUAAAAGUGAACCAGUCAAAGAUGAAGAGUCGGAAAUAAAAACAAAUUUGAAGGGGAAUGUUAUUUAUGAGGUGACUGUUGAUGCGGAGGUUUCAGAACAUGGUGAUGAGCCUGAACAGCCAGCUGAAAGUCCUGCUUCUGAAAGGGAAUCACACCAGACGCCUCAAUACAUGUACGGCAAUGAAAAACAGGAUGACAAUGAAGUUUAUACUCCUUUAAAAACUGGAGAAGAUACGGAAGCAGCUUUGAUUGAAAUUAGAGAAGAAACUGCUGAUGAAGAUUUGAAUUUGGAAACAACCCGCUCAAUUCAAGAUACUGAAGAAACUGAUUUUAUCGUUGGCGACAGGGAAAUGAAAAAACCAAACGCUCAUGAAAUUUACCCCAUCAGUCUACCCCCUUCUUAUCGCUCUAUUUCGCCCACUGGUGGUGAUGAAAGUACGAGUGAAUUGAAACAAACGAGUUCGACAGAAAUUUCCUCACCGAAACCGGAUUCAGAAUUACGAAGUCAGUCACAUGAAGAUUUAUUUCAAGAAGGUAAAAAAUCAAGCAAAGAUGAAGCAUAUGAAAACGAGGACGAUUCAACAGCUGAAAAAUAUACCUUUAGAGAACAUCCUGGUGGUCUGGUUGAAAUCGUGGAUAAAACAGUUGAAAAUAAUGAGGGAACUGUAGAUUUAACAACUCAAGAUGGACAAAAAAUGGAUGCCGACGAACGAAUCCUGCAUGAUAGCUUGGAUGAAGAUGAUAUAAUUGGACACAACAUGGAGGAUGAUUUUCAGAGACAAGCAGAGGAUCAAACUAGAGAAGUAGAAUCACCAGAAAAGCCCAGAGAUGGAGAAGCUUGGAGAAUUCUUGUAAAAGACCAAACUAAAACACCGGACUUGGAGAAACAUGAAAAGUUUUCUUAUCCUGCGCAAACCCCAGAUAAUGAAACAGGAAAUGUGUCGUCUAUUGAACCAAUAAUUGAAGAACCUGCUGAAAUAAAUAACGAGAUAUUGACCGAAAUAGAUGAUGAAACACUACAGCAGACAUCUUCAUCUGCAAUGUCUGGUUUGCCCAAUUCAUCAACAGCGCCUAUUAUCUACCCAGUUGGAGGGGAAUCUCUUCCAUUAGCCUAUGAGCCAGAGAUCGAAGCAAGUAUUUCUAUUCCACUUCUUCGUAGCGAAAAAGAAGAGCCUGAUUGUUCAGAAUCCAAACAAAGCCAGGCACAAGCAUCGUAUAGAGAUGAUGCGGGUGUUGAUGAUCUCUUCUUCGCUAUGGAAAUGGAAGAUCCUGAAGAUGUUGACCAAUCAAUGGCUGCUGCUAUGGAUGCAGAUAAUGACAAAGAAGAUACUGCAUCUUUACAUGGAUUCGAAGAUUCAGCGGCAAUGCCGUUGGAAAACAAACUUGUAACUUUAGAGCACACUUCCUCAAUAGCUAUGGAUGCUUCUUACCAGCCUCUUAAUGGUCUUGCUGCCCCGUUGGAAUACUUUGAACAAGAAGAGGAAGCAUUAGACUCGAGUGAUAAACCUUCCUCCAAUUCUGGACCCAAUUCUGCUCAACAGCAAUCAGUGGCUCUGCAGCUCACAGAAGAGAAUUCCGCAGAUCGCAGUUCAUCAUCAGUUCCUAUUGUUAGUGGCCUUGCACUUACCACUCUUGAAAAUGAAGAAUCUAGUUUUGUUCCCGCCCCUGCCCCACCACCAAUACACAUGUUAUCUGAACAAUCAGCACCUCCGAUGGCACCACACCCGCCUAAAUCUCCACCCACGGAUAGUCUAAAAGCAUCUCGGAAGUUCAAAGGAAAAGUCUCUAAGUUUGCAGCACCCAUGAAUGGAAAGGCACCCCAAGAACAGGCCGUGGAUAUUGACACUGCUUUAGAGGAAAUGAUGGAUCAAGAUGACGUCGAGGAAGAUCAGUGAAUUCAAUUCUGUGGAAAAAUAUAAAUUUUCAAAUAUUAUUUCAUCCCACCCCAAACAUAUACUUGAGGUUCUAGUAAAUGUGUAUUGGACUGCAGGCCCUUUGUCUACUUUAGAUCAGAAUGUUACCAUUGCCACAAGGGUGUUUGAACGAAAUAGUAUUAUAAAGAUAAAUAUAAUCUCUUUCCACAAAAUAGCAAGUAUAUUCGCAAGCUUUCGUCGGAUCAUAUUCUACUUCUUUAGAAAAAACAAUAUAUAACUACAAAGAUUAUAAUAAUUGCUGGGUUAAAUCACUAUAAUAAGAAUCGUGAAAUAUAGGAUUGGAAUAACCUAGUCUGUCUCAUCUAUUUCCAAGUAAAUUGGUAUUUAUGGAUGAUUCACCAAGAUGAGACAGCAUCCAGGUUGCAUUGUGUACUUUUUUGUAAGUUUUGUGUCAUCUAUUUUUAAAAAUACAAAACAUCGUGCUUUGAAUGAUGUUCCAACUACAUUCAGUGAACUUCCAUACUUACUGACAUUACUUUUUCUGUCGGCUUAAUAUUAACUACUCUUGUCUAAAUAUAUAAAAUGACAUUUAAAAUUAAUCUGACUUGCAGGUUUCAUCAUUUUGGGUCAGUAUAACUUAUGGUAAACAUUUGCCAAGCUCUAAAAUUGGUGAUGUGUUCCGGAUUAACCUGGAAAGACACUCUUUGUCCUGAAACAUAAUUACCGCAUCAAGCAACCCACUGAGCAACUUCUUCUAUGUAUCCAUUUGUUGUUUAAACAAUUCGGGAAGCGUUUCAGCUUACUGAAAACUCACAUACCUGUUGGGCUUCUUACUGACUCUAAUUUAACUUCUCAUCUACUUGUGCUUUAUUGAGAUUGAGGUCCUUAACCUGUACGGCACUUACUAUACCACCCUUUUAUAAUUUGCUCAUGAAUGUCUCUUUAAUAUAGUGGUUUUAUCUUAUUUUCAAAUACUGUAUUUUGCUUUCUGCUCAAGAUCCUUGUUCAGAGUAGACAGUAUGUGAAAAAUUUAACAUGAACAUUUUCACUUUGUUUUCCCAUCUAAAGUUCUUCCAUUUAAAAAGCAGUGUUUUCAACCGUCCUUCAUUAUAGAAACUUCAAAUGCUUUUAUUUUAUCUAUUUCAUAAAAUUGUACGAUUUUUACCAUAUAAAUUUAGUCUGGAAAGCUUAUUUUUCAAUCUCAUAUUUGUAAUACUUUUCUGUAUUUCAUUGUAGCACAUUUCAAUAGUCAAACGUGUGUGUUUCCCUCAACUUUGAAUAAGCACACCUGACCUUGUUAAGAGCAGAUACUCAUAUAAUUGAAAAAUCCACAAAUUGUCAAAAACAUCAGAUAUCGACGGUAUAUUGAUUUAAUAUUGUUUCAUCUAACACUUCGUAUACCAUAUUGAGGGAAUUUCAGGUUGUGACCAUUCAUCCACUAUUAAUCCCUUUUGUUGCUUAGUUGUCUGAAUUUCUAAGGUUAUAUCUGCUUUACAUUGUUGCAUAUAUAUAUUACAUAAUUCAGUCUGGAAUGCAUUAUUUUUGUAGAAAUCAUUGUGAAUUUUGUAAUUAUUUUGGGUGCAAUUAAUUGUUAUAUAUGGUUUGGUAAUAAUUUUCAGUUGUAUAACCAAUGUAAAAUAAAUGAAAACAGUAUUGGAAGGCAAUUUGUUUAGUUAUAGCAUAGGAGCUUAACUGAAAAUCUAAUGAAACAUUCACCACU